AUGGCGCCUUAUGGACAUGACCAACGUCGCUGUGGAGGCCGAUGGAAGGGCCCCCCUCGUCGUGAUCGAGCGAGGAAUGGUCAUCCAGGACAACAGUGGUCUCGUCAUUCUUAUCCUCAAGAUGCUAGACGCAGCGAACCAAGUCACGGUUCAUUCGGACGGCAGCAGCAUCAUCCUCCUGGCAGAUGGGGACAUUCUUCUGGUGGCCAUCAAGGCCAAGAACAACGGCCCUCCUUUCCUCGUUGUAUGACGGAGAGUCCUCCUCGUGGUCAAUGGAGACAUGCUUCGGGUCCUCCUGGUCAACGGGGACGGCUGCCUCCUGCUGAUAAUCGAUUCCGACGGUCCUCCCAUCCGCCAGAUUUUGCGGCAACAAAUGGUCGUGAAGGACACAAGCGAUCGAGAUCGCUUUCUUCAGACAGACGCAACGAUACCAGAGGACUUGGGCGGCAGAGAGAAUCAUGUGGCAGCAAUUACAGAACAACCGAUGGUGAUGAAGGGCACAAGCGGUCACGCCACGACAGAGACAACGAUCAAAGCCAGGGACAGUCUCGCCUCCAGCAGCCAUCUCAAAAGUCCAAAUAUCAUAAGAAUGAUGAUGGAGCCGUAGCCAGCAGUCGAAGCCAGCAAAUGCCCCAGUCUCGCCACCAGCAACCAACACACUCCGAUCGUGCCGCGAAGACUUCUCCUCCGCGUCAUGUCCCGAUAGGCAACGCUCGCACAGCACAGGGACAAUCUCAAGACUGCAAACCUCUGCGUAUCACUGCAACUGAAAAUCGAGAAAAAAGCUACAAGCCUUCACAGAAUCAUUCUGCUUCUGUUGAUCCUCCUAUCAAGUAUCCCAUGGCCACCUUGGGUGCCGUUCAGCAUCUCUUCAGCCAGGACAAACAGCAACAACAACAAGCAAAAUGGCAAGAUCAAGCCCCUCUCAUUGAGCAUUCUCCCAAAGCAAUUGCCGUCGACAAGCAGGGAAAGUCACUUGAUUUGAAGGAUCCGAAAGCCACAGCCAAGACCAAUGAUCGAAGCAACAGCAACAGCAACAGCAACAGCAACAUCAACGCCACGCCUAUCAAGAAUCCCAUGUCCACCUUGGGAGCCGUCCAACAUCUCUUCAGCCAUGGCAAGCAGUCACAUGAUUUGAAGGACCCGAAAGCCACGGCCAAGUCUAAUGAUCGAAGCCAUAGCAAAAGCACUGGUGGAUCGGAGAUUGGCAAACCUCAGAAAGUGGCUAGAGCAGCGGCCGCUGAAAAUGAUGUUGCAAUUGCAGACAACGAGAAGAAGACAGCAGCCAAGCAACAGUCAGGUGCGAUGAAAGCUUAUCUGGACGGUUAUGGUACCGAUAGUGACGAGGAGGAGGAAGACAAGAGCAACGACGAGCAGCAGCAGCAGCCUAUUUCCCAACGGUCUCAGCCCCGCGUGCAGCAUCAAAAGUCCGAUCUGAAGAAGCGUCCUCAUCAAGCCAGCAACAGUAAUGAUCGCGUCGCAUUCCGACAAAACAAACGCCUCGACACAAAACAAGUGCUGGGGAGAUCAGUGUUGGCUUCGUUGGAGAACAAGGUGGCUCGGCGCCAAUCAAAACCAAAGGAGCUCCCCAAGCAAACACCAAGCAGCACUGUCGCAAUCAGCAUCAGAGACACCAAGAUGCAGGCGGGCGAGACCGAACACAAGGACAACCAGGCUUCAAAGCAAAACAGCCACGACCGCGACCAACACGACAAAGCAACGGGGUCGGUAGCUGAGACCGUCUUCGACGCCGGGACCAACAUCAGUGCUGAAGCACACACGGGCAAGAUCAAAUUGGCCGGCAAACCCAAAGAUCCUCCAAAAGUUGACGAGAAAGACUUCAUCAUCAAAGCGUCGGCAAAAGAAUCAAAAGACCUGGGUACAUCGGAUGCUGUCCUUGCUACAACUACCGCAGCUCCAGUGACCACGGAAGUCACAUUGAAUGGAUCAGCCGAAGCAGCUGUCGCAAAACCAAGAGAAAUGACUACGGAUGGAGCAUCCACGAAAGGACUGUCAGCCGGUGAACUCCUCUUUUCGGGCUUUUAUGCAACCAAGGAAUCAGGUGUGGACGGCAAGCGCACGAAAGCGACGGAGACGGGCACAAAGCAGGCUACCAAGAAAACAAAGAAGAAGAAGAAGAAGAAGAAGCAAACCGUGGCUGACCGGGUGCUCCGCUGCAAUCCUGCUCUCAGAACCAAUGUCGCAAUCGGAACUCACCUGGUCUUUGCGGUCGAUUCCUCUAAGGUAAUGAAACAGGGUACAAGCGGAGUGUCGGCUGGAAACAGUCUAUCGAAAUGGAAGGUUGUGUUGGAUGGCAUCAAAGGAUUGCUUCCAGAGCAGCUCACGGGCAACGGCGAUCUCGUGAUUUCCCUCGUCACGUUUCACAUGGACAAGGCCCAAACGAUCUUGGAGCGAAUCCCUCUUACUAAAGACUUCAAAAGCAGCACCAUUUGGAAAGAACUUGACUCUCUCUCCGGGUGCAAACCAAGUGGCAACACUGGCUUCAGUACAGGACUUGAAGCAGCCCGGGUUGUUGGAUCGAACAAGGAGCGGGGGCCGAGCAACCAGCGGGUCGUGUUGGUUUUCAUGGCCGCUGGGCGGCCUCUCGAUCUUCAAUCACAGCUCUCCAGCCACCUGCUGGCCAAGGGUCAAAAGAAACAGAAAGUCUCACCAGGUCAAUCCAUUGCAGCAAUGCAGCUCGAGCAUGGAGCUCGCUUCAAGCUUCAUUUGGUCUCACUUAAUGUGCAGGCCAAACCGUGGUUGGAAAACCUGUCAAAUCGAUACAAGGGAACAUUGCAUGAUCCGAUGGAGCCGCUAGUCCGGAAGGAUGGUUCUUUCGUUGAACCGGACAUUGAGCCAGUCUUUCGAUCCAUUUCAUUAUCCGUAACUGCAAUCCGCGGUACCCAGUACCACACUGCCACUGCAACCCGCGACGGACAAGCAUCGGACUCGGCACCUGAGGGUGGAAAAGUAAUCAUGACAGCGCAUCUUGCAGAUCCGGCUAGUGGCAUCACCGCGCCCCGUCGACAGGUCAUCUUGCCUCGAAUGGAAGUUACUACGGAUGCCACGACUUCAGCAGUUUCAACGCUUCCAUUUGAACCCAUAGACCCCGUCACUGGACAGCCUCGAGAUACCGGGAAGCGCAAGCACACAAACCUUCCCGCCUGGAUGACUCGCAAGCAAUCAGUACCCGAGAAAGACCAGUGCAAACCUCUUGCUGAAGACUCCAAAGUUCCAGCGGUGUCUGAGAAAGACAACUCUACGAGUAGUAGCUCGCAAGUUCCUGCUGUGCUUGGAGCCGUCGUUGCUGAUCCCAACCAGAACUCCAGUCCUCCAGCUAUCCCGGAAGGCCCACAAUUUCCUGCUGUGCUUGGAGCCAUCGUUGCUGAACACAACCAGAACUCCAGUCCUCCAAGUCCUCCAGGUAUCCCGGAAGGCCCACAAGUUCCUGCUGUGCUUGGAGCCGUCGUUGCUGAACCAAAACAGACAGAAAUCCAGCCAAUGACAGUAAAUGAAGACGAGAACCUGCAAGUUCGGGCCACUGGCCACCGAAUGCACUUGAACUCGCCAGCAUGGAUGACUCGCCCAAAGGAACAGGAAGCAGAAGCCGAGAAAGCAGCUGUGGAGUCGAACGCGACGAUCGAGUGA